AUGUAUGAAAACACAUAUAUUCCAAAACCAUUCCUUUGUCAUUAUGAGACGAUUUCUUCGUCACCUGUACAAUCAUUAUAUGAAAACAAUAUACAACAACAACAACAGUCUGUCUAUGUAUCAUUGGAAUCAAGUUCAUCAAAUGAAAACAAAGCAAUUUCAAAACCAAUUACACCUUCGUUUCAGAGAAAUUUUCGAACUGCAUCGAUAGCUAUUUUAGGUUUUUUCGAAUUAUUAUCUGGAUUAAUUGUUCUUGGAGUUGCAUUAUUGAUUUUCGAUAUUACUCUUGGACUUUGGUGUGGAAUUAUAUAUACAAUCGCUGGUGUAGCUAUUAUUGUGCUUGUUAUUGGAACCAAUCGCGAACGUUAUCAGACGUCAGUUGUAUUGAUUUUUCAAUUAGUUGCAUUGAUGUUUACGAUUAUCGAUAUAUUAUUACAUAGUGAUCUAUAUCGAAAACAAUGUAUAACAAAACCAGAUGAACCAACACGUGAAAUAACAUUUUCUUGUCAGAUAAUUAUGGUUCAAUUAGCUGCUGCUGCACUAGUGCUUGUUAGUACUAUUGUAUUUUCGAUAAUUUAUCUUCGAGUAACAAUGAUUGUACUUAAACAACCACAUAAAACUUUUAACAUGUCGAAUGCCAUUAAUUUAACUACUUGUUAA